AUGCCCCCCUGUGAACGGGCGACGAUGCAGGCGGUGUGCGAGGCGCAGCGGCAGUACCUCACGGCUCACAUCACGCAGUUGUACGCCAACACCAACCCGGCCGAGCUUUGGGGCAACAUCGUGAAGUAUCGGGAGCGCAACAACACAGACGCGCUCGACACAGUAGAGUCGUACGAUGAACUGCGGUUAUCCUACAAUGGGUUUAGGAAGGUCGUCUAUAGUCUUAUUUUUCACGUUUCGCCCGAGGAGGAAAAUCGGACGUCCGCGGAGGAGCGCGAGGCCAGGAAACGCCUCUACUUUAACCACCCCUUUCUGUCGCCGGCAACAUUUCUCGCCUUUCCGCGCGCGGAGGACGGGACGAUAGCCGCGGUUCCCAUGUAUGCCUUCGCCGCAAAGCGCCUGCUCCUGUACAGGAUGCGGAUAGAACUUGAGCUGGUGGCCAGAGUUUUGCCACCGGCGCUUCAGGACCCCGUCACGAGGGUUACGCAUCUUUUGCUGUGCCCCCCCAGUGCGUCCUCCCCGCUCUCAAACGGGCUCACGCAGGAGGACAUUGAGACGUUUCUGUACGAAUUGUUACCCAAUCUGCGACUGGUGCGGGAUAUGCCGCCCUGGAUGCAGCCGUACUACCUUUGCCACGCCUCCAGAAAGUUUAUGUUUAUGUGCGACACGAGGCGCACAGGGGCGAUAUCUAUUGAGAGCAUGAUGAAAAGCGACGUCUUUUCGGAACUUUUAAGGGUAUUUGAGAGUGAUGCGAACGACGCCAUCGCCGUUUUCACGGAAGGCUGCGCAGUCGACGUGGCCGCCAACCUCGUGUCGCCGGAUGCCGCAGAGGAUGACACGAUCCCGGCCCUUGUGUUGUUCUACGAGGGCGAAGGCAACGAAAAGGACGACAUGUACAUAGUGAAAACGUUGACGGAUGACGUUGUCUUGAAGGUCCGUCGCAGCCAGCUGUACUGGAACUCUGGCUCCAUCGACUUCCUCCAGCCGGACGUGCUCUGCAUGGACAACUGGUUCUCUCUGGCUCUCAUGGCCCGCAUUUACGACCACUUCACGAGCCUGGACGUUGACGGGGACGGUGUCCUCACGGUGGAUGAGCUCGCCCGCUACAGUGACGGCAGCUUCACCCGGCUGGUGAUUGAGCGGGUCUUUGAGUGCCACGUCCCCCACAGCGGCAAGCGACACGUCAUGGACUACAAAACCUAUUUGGACUUUGUUAUCGCCACAGAGCACCCCGCGACUCUUCCGGCGAUGAAGUACAUCUGGAGCAUACUCGACCUCGAGGAGACCAAGUCGUUUGUGACGGUCGCAACACUGCGCUGCUUCUGCAAGGCGAUCGCCAACGAGCUCAUUGCGAACGGUCUCAUGACAGACAUUUCCGCGCAGUCUAUUCUCUCAGAGCUGAUAGACAUGAUAAACCCAAAGUGGCACGAGUGGGUUGAGCUGGACGAUAUCGUGCGUUCAGGCCACCAAGCCACUGUCCUUCCAAUCCUUCUCAGCUACCGCAACUUCUACGCAUACGAUUGCCGCGAACAGACAGCAGCUGUCGCUAAUGACGGGUACGCGUGA